AUGUCUCCCACCAAAGCCAGCCUCACGGCUCUCGCCUUCGGACUCUCAUCUCUCUUCACUCGAGCCCUCGCCGCUCCUUCACCAUCCUAUAACUCGGUCAAACCUGUCAAGGACCCCUACUCUAGGGAUUACUGGCCUGCGCCUCGAAAGAUCACCGGCCAGGACUUGAAUGGUGCGCUUGGUGGUGUCCACAUUCAUGACCCAAGUGUUGUGCUCGGACCCGAUGGCCACUACUACUCAUUCUCCUCUCAUGGCUUGGCCACAACGUCCCGCGCUUCGAAGAAGAAUAGCCUGGAAGGAUACUGGGAGGUCGUUGGCCAGGUGCUGGAGCCGCCGGGCAGCAUUGAUGAUCCCGCUCAGGCAAACCGUCUUUGGGCCCCUGACGUCCACAAGGUCGGCGACACUUACUACUGCUAUUACACCGUCUCCGACUUUGGUAUUUCAGAGUCAUUCAUUGGGCUUGCUACCUCGAAGACCCUGCAAAACGGAUCCUGGACCGACCACGGCAUGGUGGUGUCCUCCAACAGCACCGAUGCCCCCUUCCCGCUGAGCAAGACCAACACCAUCGACGCGGCUUUCAUCCAAGACGCCAAGACCGGCAAGAACUAUCUUUCCUACGGCUCCUGGUGGGCCAACAUCUGGCAGUUCGAAUUGACCAAGGACCUCAAGUCCGUCAAGAUUCCCACUGCUCGCCAGCUGAGCUACACCUACGAUCCCGUGCUGCCGACCAAGGAGCAGGCGUAUGCCAACAUGGAGCAGGGCUUCUACUACCUCUGGUACUCAGCGGGCCUGUGCUGCGGCUAUAAUCCCGCUGCACUACCACCGCCCGGGGCUGAGUACACCAUCUUCGUCGGUCGCUCAAAGUCACCCCGCGGACCAUUCGUGGAUCGCAAUGGGAAGGAUCUAGCUGAGGGUGGCGGAAGCAUGGUCUACGGUAGCCACGGCAAUACCUACGCACCCGGAGGGCAGGCAGUCAUUUCCGACUACCGCGGAAGCGACGUGCUGUACUACCAUUACGUGAACACGACGUUCGACCCACUGUACCGAGACAACUUUAAGUUUCUGGGAUGGAAUCCGAUCAAGUACGUCAAGGGGUGGCCGGUGUUGCAGAAGUAA